CUCGCAUAUUAUGAUUGAGAUGGCCCGAACGUCCGAGGAAGCGUGGAAGCUAACGUUGCUAUUAUGAGAAGCUUCAAGGAAAGUAGCUGCAAUCGUUUAUCCGUUCGUCUGCCUCCAAACCGCGUAAUGUUCUCUGUACGAGUACCUCCGCGGCGAAGGAUAAAACGACAACCUCGCACAUUACUGUCAACAUGGCAAGCACCCAAGAAUGGUUCUGCCGCAAAGUCCAUCCAACCGGCCGAUUACUGUGCACCCGAAAAAGGGUCGAAUCUCAUCGCUUCUUAUUCAAACGGCAGAGGACGACCUGGAUCACCCACCCAAAAAGCAGAAACUCAACUAUCCAGCAUUCCCACCUGCGGGAUUUUGGGACUCCCUAUCGAGGAUCCCUCUCACACGAAACGCACUACGAGAAUUGAACGGGAGGAACGCAAAAGACUGUUGCAGCUCAGCACAUACUCGAAAACUUCGAAGGCGUGGAUCGAAUUCCCACCACCAGCUGGCCGUCCCACAGCGUUUCGCAAGACACGGCGGCCCGGAUCUGAGAGAUCUGCGAGGAUACCGGAUACCAACAGGCCCGGAAGACGACAUGAGUUCUAGACCGUUGAGUCUUGGCGUCGGAAGAGAGGUUCGCAGUCGCCAACAAAGUGGGGCUCGGAUUCACCAUCCAAGAGCAGCGCUACCCCGAAUACGACAAGCACGACGAGCACAGGACCAUAUGAUCGUGCAUUUCAGCAGCAUCUGAUCGAUCAUGACAUACUCCCCGAUGGCUAUGAGUAUCCAAUCGGCUUGGAGUCCAGCUUCUCGGAGACGCUGUAGGACCUUAUGCACAUGCUCUAUGUGUUCCGUAGGGUCCUCUGAAUAGAUUAGGAUGUCGUCUAAGUAUGCAGUACAGAAGUCGUCUAAGUAUUGCAUCAGGACGUCAUUCAUAUAUCGCUGAUAGGUUGCGGGAC